GCUGAGCCCGCGUGGGCCAGCUGAUCGCGCUCUGAGGGCAUCCCGGCUCCCCGUUCCUUCCCGGGCUGCCUCCUGGACCUAGGUCCAACUGGGUGCCCGCGUCCGCAGGGCCCGGGCUGACGGCUGCUCUUUUCGUUCGGCCUCCAGCCCGAUGGAAGAGCCUCCCGGGAAGCCCCUCAGCUGUGCGGAGAAGGAAAAGUUGAAGGAAAAAUUAGCAUUCUUGAAAAGGGAGUACAGCAAGACACUGGCCCGCCUUCAGCGUGCCCAAAGAGCUGAGAAGGUUAAGAAUUCUGUUAAGAAAACGGUAGAACAGGAUCGCUCGCUCCAGCAGGAAAUCUCAUCACAGCUAAACCACUCAGAACCUAAAAAUGAAGGAUCUCCUUGUAACAAGUUACAAAUCAAUGCCAGUCUUGUUGGGAAAACUGGAGAAAAGACAUCUGUGGCACUUGAUGCUGGGCCUGAGUCCUUUCACCCUGAAGAUGGCCCAGAAAAAGGAUUACAUAUUUCAGGAACAGAUGACUUCCAAGAACAUUUUCCCUACAGGGUGAAUGGCCCUGAUAGUGAGAAAAGGCAGAAUAAGCUGCCAGGGAGAAGAAAAAAGCAGCCAAAGAGAACAUAUAUCUCACAGGAAAGAGAAUGUUUCUUUGACACUGAUUCACUCUCUGGAAAAAGACUGAAGAAACAGGAAGCAAUCAAGAGCAAAAAUUCUAGGUCACCAGUAACUGAAGUACCUCCCCUUUCAAGUUGUAAGACUGAAAUUCCAGAUUUCCCAGCACCAGUUACAGAAACCGAUGGAGAGAAUGUAUUAAUUCCCUCAACUGCCAAACCACAAAGAGUUGAUGAUACACCAUUUAAAGGAAAUAGUUUCUCCAGUGAUACUGCAGAUCCUUUGCAUACUAUAUCAGAUAAGAGUAAUCAUGAGCACCUUGAACACAUGCCUCCGGAGGGUAACUGUGAACUCGUUACUCAGGGGUUUAGAAACAUUAGUCUUACUUCACCAAUAAACCUGGAGGUCCAAGGCCAAAAGAUGACUGUCUCUGCAGAUAGCACAGUAGUACAUAAAACUACAGGCACCACUGGCCAACUGCCUAGAAGUCCUACCUUAGAGGCAGAUAAUUCAUGUUCUGUAAACAAACUCCCUUACAAUAACGUAUCCACAAAGAUAAACCAAAACUUAAAAGAACAAAAUCACACCAAAAAAUCUUUAAAAUCUCCCAGUAAUGCUUUUACUGGUAGAAAUGAAAAUCUUCAGGAAAAUGAGGUUCUAAGUCAAUCUAGCCUGGAAGCAGUCACUUCUGUUUCUACAGAAAAUCAAAUACAUUCUUGCACAAUGCUUGAAGGCCUUCUGUUUCCCGCAGAAUACUAUGUUAGAACAACGCGUCGCAUGUCCAAUUGCCAGAGGAAAGUAGCCCUGGAAGCCGUAAUUCAAAAUCAUUUGGGUGGCAGGAAGAAAGGGUUUAAAAAUAAAAAUAAGGAAGCAACUAAAAAUUUAAACCUUUCCACUGAAAAUAGUGACCAGAGUGGAACUGAGAUUUUGAACACAGGCACAGGACAAGCAAUCACAAGAAGUCCUACUCAGGAGCUUCUCUCUUCAGCUGACAUCAGCUCUCCCCCUGGGUCCACCAAAGACAAAGACUGUUCUAGGAGGGCUCUUGUGCAGCCAGCUGGCAGAAGACACAGAGGAAAAAGAAAAUCAGCCUGCACCCCAGCACUAGGUCAUUGUGAACUGCUUUUGCCAACUUUCAGCAUGUUGGGUGUUAACAGAUCCAAGGAAGAAGUCACCUUGGACAGGCGGCAGAAUGAAAAAGCCAUUAUUCAUGGGAAGGAAGUUCGUUGUCAAAAAGAGGACUCCCUCUCUUCUAGUAAUAAUGCUUAUUUAGCUUUGGAGGAUGAUUUCAGUGCUCCAUUUCAUAAAAAUGAAAUGCUAAGUUUAAAGCAACUGUUGUCUUUUCUCAAUAUCCCAGACUUUCAGUUACCUGAUGAAGACUUUGGGUCCCUUAUGCUUGAAAAACUGAAGUCCUGCUCGGAAAAACUGAUUGAGCCUCUGGAAUCAAAAAUGUACAGAGAGAGGCAUCUUAAAGAGGAAAAUUAUGUUGUUUUGGAGGAACUGAGUCCUAAACAAAUAGAUGCAGUAAUGGAGGACUCAGAAGAGGACCUUAUUGCUAUACCAGGAAAAGCACAUCCUCAGAUACCAAAUCUCAAAAGCCAGCCUACCAACAAGGGCCUUUCUUCUUCCAUGAUACUCUUUACUCCUUUAACUACUGCUGCCUCUGGCACUGACAACACACCUACUGUAGACCUGUAUUCAUCCGCUCUCCCCAUGUUAGGCGCUACUCCAGCUCUUGGCUCCCAGGCAUGCUGCGAAAAAGCAUCUGCCAAAGUUAUUGGACAAACUUGCUCUACAUCCCAACUUUCUCACUCGGAAGACACAGUCAGCCUGACCAGUGACAAUAAGCAGUGCAACAGUUCCACCAGCCCACCCAAACUGGGAACCAGCCUACGUGUGUCAGGUAGGCAGGAAAAGCCAGCCUAUGACCGUGACUCUGGCCUCCAAGCAACACCUCUACCCACUGAGUCAUUGACUUUCAGAGAAAAUCAGCUCUGUGGAAAUAUGGGCCUGGAGUUGCAUAAACAUUCCACUGAACAGACUAAAGUAGCAGAUCUUCCCACCUGUGACAGCUUAAACACAGGCAGCCUACAAUUGGUUUCAAAGUUAAAGAAUCCUUCCAGUUCCUGUUCCGUGGAUGUGAGUGCCAUGUGGUGGGAACGAGCUGGUUUUAAGGAGCCUUGUAUCAUAACUGCUUGUGAAUAUGUAGUUUCUCUUUGGAAACCUCUGGAUACCUGGCAGUGGGAAAAAAUUUACACCUGGCAUUUCAUAGAGGUUCCUGUAUUACAAAUAGUUCCAGUGCCCGAUGUUUGUAAUCUCGUGUGUGUAGCUUUGGGCAGUUUGGAGAUCAGAGAAAUCAGGGCAUUACUUUGUUCCUCUGAUGAUGAAAGUGAAAAGCAAGUACUACUGAAGUCUGGAAAUAUAAAAGCUGUGCUUGGCCUGACGAAGAGGAGACUAGUUAGUAGCAGCGGGACCCUUUGUGAUCAGCAAGUAGAACUCCUGACUUUUGCAGAGGACGGAGGAAACAAAGAAAAACAGUUUUUGAUGCCCCCUGAAGAGACGAUACUUACUUUUGGUGAGGUCCAAGGGAUGCAGGAUGCUCUGCUUGGCACUACUACCAUGAACAACAUUGUUAUCUGGAAUUUAAAAACUGGUCAACUCCUGAAAAAGAUGCACAUUGAUGAUUCUUAUCAAGCUUCAGUCUGUCACAAAGCCUAUUCUGAAAUGGGGCUCCUGUUUGUUGUUCUGAGUCAUCCUUGCGCCAAAGAGAGGGAGGCAUUGGGCAGCCCUGCGUUUCAGCUGAUUGUGAUUAACCCUAAGACGGCCUUGAAUAUGGGAGUGAUGCUGUACUGCCUCCCACAGGGGCAGGCUGGAAGGCAAGUGCGCGUGACUGCUGACCGCUGGGUUCCUAGAAGGGGACGUGAAAGAUCAUGUUGCAGCUGCAGUCUUGACUUCCGGAACCAUUGCCACUUGGGACUUACUUCUAGGUCACUGCACUGCUCUCCUUCCGCCGACCUCUGACCAAAAUUGGUCUUUUGUUAAAUGGUCUGGUACCGAUUCUCACUUACUGGCUGGACAAAAAGAUGGAAAUAUAUUUAUAUACCGCUACAUAUAAAUUAAGAGGAAAAUAACAGUUUUCUGGAUAUAUUUGGCCUCUUACUAUUUUUUUCCCCUUUGGAGUAUAACUGUAAAAGAGUAUCUGAAUGAUGUUUAAAAUAAUUACUUGUGUGCAUCCAGGGAAACUUAUUUUUAUUCUGAUGGUGGUGGUGCCUACUGAUCUUGAAUAUAUUUGUUUAUACUUACUUUGCGGGGAAAGGCUUUAGGUCAAUUUUUAUAAUUUCCUGUAUUUGCACUUUUGCUUUUAAUACAUGUACAUAAAACUUCAAGUGUCAAUAAAUAUUUAUUUUG